CCAGCCCCCCGCGCGCUCGCGUAGGCGGAGAGGGGCAGCCUGGCCGCGGCAGGCGCCCGCUCUCCUCCGCGGCGGCAGUGCGGGCGUGUGUGCACCGGCCUCCGCUCUGCGCCAUGAGGAAGUGCUGCCUCUCCACGGUGGGGAUCCUGUCCGUGAGCCUGCUCAUCGCCAGCGUCUCCUUGCUGGUGGCCCACGUCCUCCAGAGGGUGGUGGACCUGCAAGUGAAAGAGGGAACAAUAUUAAAGAAUGGCACAGAAGCCUUUGACCUCUGGGAAGACCCUCCUCCACCAGUCUACAUGCAGUUCUACUUUUUUAACGUGACCAAUCCUCUAGAAGUGGUCAAUGGAGAUACCCCUUUUGUGGAAGAAAUAGGGCCGUACACUUACAGAGAGUACAGGCCAAGAGUGAAUGUUCAUAUUUUGGACAAUGGCACCAGAGUCUCUUCUGUGAACCCAAAGACCUAUGUAUUUGAACGAGAGAAGUCUGUUGGAGACCCUGAAGUUGAUCUGAUCAGGACAGUAAAUAUUCCUGCAGUGACUGCAAUGGAAUGGACCAAAUCAACUUCUCUACGGCUACCCACAGAGAUUCUCCUAAUAUUAUACCAAGAAAACUUGUUUAUGACACACACUGUCCACGAAUUACUGUGGGGCUACAAAGACAAACUUUUGUCAACCCUUCAUAUGCUUCAUCCUAAGAUUGAUUCAGAGUUUGGCUUAUUUAAUAAGAUGAAUGGAACGGAUGAUGGUGAAUAUGUUGUUCUCAGUGGGAAAAUGAACUACCGUAACUUCUCGAAGAUCGUGGAGUGGAGAGGAAAAGAGUCACUUAACUGGUGGACCACAGAGUCAUGUAAUAUGAUCAAUGGGACAGAUGGAAGUGCUUUCCACCCAUUGAUAAGCACAGAUGAAACAAUUUAUAUCUUUUCUUCUGAUUUCUGCAGAUCUCUGUAUAUAACUUUUGAUAGCUUUGUGAGCGUGUCUGGAAUCCCUGCCUAUCGGUUUGUGCCCCCUGAAAAGGUCUUUGCCAAUAUAUCAGUGAACCCGGACAAUGCAGGAUUCUGUGUGCCAGCAGGAAACUGCCACGGCUCAGGGGUCCUGAAUGUCAGCGUCUGCAAGCAAGGGGUCCCAAUCCUUUUAUCGGCUCCACAUUUUUACCAAGCAGAUGAGCAGUAUAUUAAGGACAUACAGGGCAUGCAUCCCAGGAAGGAGGAUCAUGAAACAUUUCUGGACAUCAAUCCUUUGACGGGGAUAGUUGUACAAGCAGCCAAAAGAAUGCAGAUCAAUGUUCUUGUCAGAAAACUAGAUGGAUUUAUUGAAACAGGCAGUGUCAGAACAUUGGUUUUCCCCGUGGUGCAUGUAAAUGAGAGCGUUCUGAUUGAUGAAGCAUCUGCCAAAAAACUGAAGAAUGUUCUGUUCGAAGCCACGGUUGUAACCAGCAUCCCCUUCAUAAUCAUGGCAUUAGGAAUUAUUUUGGGGAUUUGUUUCAUUGUGCUCGUAUGCAGGCCCCCUGGAACAAAGGAAGAGGUUAGAGAAGUGUUAAUAGACCCAGAGUAAGUGCACCCAAACAAAGCUAUGCAGCCAGUUUAAGAUACAUGGUAAGAGUACUGAAGAGGAAAGGGCUCCGCUCAUCAAGACAUCCUAAUAUUCUUUUUUCCCCCUUCCCAUGUGAGCUUGGUGAAUAAACUAUGCAAGUUGAUCUAAUACCGAAUACUACCCGGCACUCAGCGCUGCCUGAAAACCCACUAUGCUAAUUAUGAUUAUUUGUAGUACAGGGAUGAAAAAAGCUAAAAUGCUAAUGAACGAGGAAACUGUUCUUCUCAGCUGCUAAGUAAGUUUUAAAGCCAGAUAUUAAAAUGACUUGAGAUCCUGCUUUAUUAACUAGUGUUUAAUAUUCCUAGUGCUGUUGAAAGCCAUAAAAGCACAGAACCACUAUAUCAGUGAGAGUAUAAUACCCUGAUUCAUGUAUUAGAAUUACGUGGGGUAAACUUCGUAAAAGGACUUUAGUAAUGUGGGCUCCUAAGUCCCUUUUGAAAAUGGAACUUAGGCAUGUUUGAAAAUAUUGCCCUGGGUCUAAUUUUGUCUCUUGUGUAGAGUACACUUGGUUUCUUAUUAACAGAGUAUGACUGGAUCAUUUUAGUAGUUACCCAUCAUGCCUUUUACCUCCAAAAUUGUUUUGUGAAUCUAAGCCAAAUUGUAAGUGAGGCCUAUUUAGUCAUAUCUAGUUUUCAGUUAAGAAGCCAAGUACUUCAUAGCACAUUUUCGUACAGCACCUUGAUCUGCCCAGUAUUGUUUGAAAUCCCAUUGUGUGGUAUUAAUAAAAUGCCCUGGCAAGUUUUUAAUUUUUAAUUAUUUUUUACACUGGAAAACAAAGGGUUGGUUAGCUGAGAGUACAAUAGAGCGUUCUCCUUUUUCCUGUGUCAGUGUCUCACAAAAUAUCUAGUGUGUGGAGCACUGUAAAGGCAGAUGUUGCAAGUGUAUUUGUAAUUGCAUUAAACAUUUAGGAAAUCUACAGACCUUCUAUGUUGAGGUAUGUUUGGAACAUUAAGCAAAGCAGCAUAAACUUUUUUUUUUUUAAAUACUGGUAGUUUAAAAUAUAAGGGUACCUUUUUUCCCUCAGUGAUGGCAAUAUAUUUCCAUCAAAUAGUCAGUGAAAAAUUGAGACAUACUUUUUUGACUGGCUGAACACUCAUGCAUAGGGUGUUAGCCUAUCAAUUGUUCAGCAAUCCAGAACAUUUUGGGCUGUCCCAGUCAGAAAAGUUCAUUAUUAUCACUAUUAUUAUUUAUUAUCUGUAUUACUGUAGCACCUAGGAGCACUAGUCCUGGACCAGCGCCCCAUUGUGCUAUGGUCUAUAGAUUUGUACCAGUUACAGAAGGCUAGAGAUACUGGUAUUGCACCAGGCUGACUUCUUUAGCGGACAGGCUCCUCUUAUGCAAGCCAGAACCAACCAAAUAAGCAUCCAAAUUCAGGCAUCUACCGCGCUGCAGAUAAGGAUAAGGGCUCCUGUACGUAAUGGAGCUCCCAACCCAUCGUGAUCUGCAAGUGUGUUCCCCAUGAGUGAGAGACUCAGGCUAGCCAACUACAGCCAUUGAUCUCAAGGGAUUUGCUCUGCUGUAAUGUCUCCAUUUAACCUCAUGAGAGGAAACUGUCCAGCCUCUGAUUUUGCCAGGAUGAAAAUAAUGCCAUGUGAAAACCCUUGUGGGUGAGGGGGUUUGGAACUCCGCCCUACUUUUACCCCAAAUGUUGUUCUGAGGGAGAGGAUAAUCUUCCUUUGCCACAUAUGUAGAUUCCAGUUAUAGAUACCUCCUCCCCAUCACCCCAGUCUUUGAGUCCCAGGGCCCCUUUAUUUCUUUCCUGGGCUGACCUCUGGAAUAAACCGACCAGCUAAGGAAAACCCCAAUAGCUUUGGCCCAGGGUCCCUUUUAAAUUCUUUCUUGUAUUCGGAAGGGGGCAGCUAUAGAAUGCCCAGUGCUGCUGGUGAAAGGCUACAUCCCCCUCAGAUUAAGUGCCAGCCUUCCUUAGCUAGGGAAACUGAGUCAGUAGCUGCAAAGCCUGUGUUCUGUUCGUGGGCCAUUUGCUUAUUGCAGUACGUUAUGCUAAAUCAGGAACUCCAAAUCACCUUUCUGUCUCAGUUUUUAUGUUGUACAGUUCAGAUCAUUGUAUGAUCCACAUUGAAAUAUAGCACCUUGUGUAAAAGAAUUAUCUGUCCACAACAGCAGUAACCUACAAAUCAUCUACAAAGCCUAAGGUAUUUUCUGAGGAAGUCAUUUUGACAAGGCCUCACAGGAUGAAAUUCCUGCUAGCGCAGAGGACUAGCAGAGGGACUACACACUGCUUAAGCCCUGCUGCAAAAUACCAAUCCUCAUGCCACUGUCCAGACCAAGUAUUUGUGGACUCAGCUGAGAAGUCAGGAACAGGUUUUGUCCCAAGGACUCAACUGAUAUGCAGGAUCCUCUGCACUGGGGUGAAUUUUAAUCCCAACAUAUCAAUUUUAAAAUGUUACAUUCUGCUUAUUGGGUCAGAUCCUUAGCUGAUGUAAAUCAAUGGAGCGCCAUCAAAGUCAGUGAUGUUAUGCCAAUUUACACCUAUUCAGGAUCUGGCUCAUUAUUCCUUUCCAUUUAUUAAUUUAGCUGAACUCUUCAGAUGUCUGAAUUACUGUGUCUAGAUGUUUAUGCGUAUAUGAUACCGCAGAUUAAGCUGCUGCUUGGUUUUGUUGCUUCAUUGUUCCAAUGUUUCCAUUCUCUACCUUGCCCUGAAGAAUUUCCCCCCCAAGGAACAUUUUGUAUCUUAAAUCUCCACUAGACCAUAGGGAAAAGGUCUUAUCUGUUUAAUAUACAGGAAAAGUGGUUAUUUUAAUAAACGUUUCCACUUUAUUUUUUUGCAUGGUCCUGCUGUUACGUUCAUUCCUGUACAGCUGUCCUGUUUAGCAGAACCUUCUAAUUUCCAGUGUGCAGCUGGAAAUCUGUUAAAUGUCAUGCAAAGUGACUUUCAUCAGGUUUUAAAACACGUGCAUGUCAGUUAGCGGUGAGCACUGUGGGCAAAAUGCAAACAAAAUCACAUUUAGUACCUUAUAUACACAGGCUUUUAGUCCAGGAAUAUCUAAUUCUUCCUGGAACUUCUCAGCUGCUAACUCACAUGUACGAAAUAUAGUACGUUCUGUUUUAUGAGCAGGAUGUUCCAAAGCGCUCAGCAGUGGCCUAACGCUGCUCCCACUGAAGUCAAUGGGAGCAGGCUUAGGUCAACACCAAACACGUUUUAAAAUCCCAUAUGUUAGAUACAAAUAGACGCAUAGAUAGUAAGCAGUUUGGAGAAGGGUGUGUGCAUUUCUAUGUAAGGCAAGAGCAAAAAUGUCUACAGAGUUAAAACCUAAAACCCCAUUCAAGCAAGAUGCAUGAUACAAUUUUAGAGAGUUUUAUUUCCUUUUAGUUUUGUGAAACCAGUACAUUGCAGUUUGAUACCUCUUAAUGGCGCAUUCCACCCCCUCUCUCAAUGCAGCACCUACAAAAGUCAAAUAUACCUGUGGGAGAGCCAUUUUAUUGGAUGCCAGACCUUCCAGCUGUGUUUUAUAAAGGGUUAUUACCAGUAGUUAAACUUUUUUUUAUGCUGUUUUCCUUAAUGUUCCAAACAUACCUCAACACAGAAGGUCUGUAGAUUUCCUAAAUGUUUAAUGCAAUUAUAAAUACAGUAUAUUUGAUACGCAGGGGCAGUUAUCCUUGACAGGCCUUUGCAUUGUUUCUUUGUAAACUGUGCCCUGGAUACCUUAAAAAUUCAGAAUCCCAUUUGUUCAUCUUUCUCAGCAUUCUUUAACAUUUAAAGAAACACUACAAAGAAUAUCAUUCUCCUCUGGAUGCCCACAUGCAACUCACAAUAGCAGCUAAUUAACACUGAAAGGCAGCACAGUCUAGUGAUUAGAGCCCAAGGCUGGUUGUCAGGACAUCAAAGUUGUAAUCUGUAGGGUUAUUAACAUUUUUAUUUAUAUAUAUUCACACACACCGUCCAGAGGUGUUGUGGGGAUGAAUUAAUAUUUGUAAAGUGCCAUGGGCUUGAUCCUUCAAAGGACAGCUUACUUCACUGUAAGUCAGACACUCAGCACCUUGCAGGAGUGCUAAGAUCACUGUAUGAUAGUUCCUUGUAUACCGUGACAGUUCCUUAUAUACCUAUUAUUAAUAAGAAUUACUUGUGCCUGAAUCCAGGGAAGAUUUUCCAUCUAUAACUCUUCUGUUCAGCUGUUCUGUAAAGCAUUGUUUGUUCCACACAGUGGAAGUGAUUCCAUGCAGCAUUAGAUACUUUUUUAAUUAUUGAAGACUCACGGGAGAUAAUUGUCAACUGUUGUUUGUUGAUGGAUUUUGUAUUUGUUUUCCUGAGGAUGACUGUUAAAGAGGA